AUGGCGCAGCAGUACGUGCGCGGGGCCGCGGCCGUGGCGGUGAUCCGCCUGAACAACCCCCCGCUCAACACGCUGAGCUCUGCAGUUGUUCGGGCUUUAGAGCAAGGAGUGAAGAAAGCAGAUGUAGAUCCUGCUGUGAAAGCUGUUGUGAUUUGUGGGACAAAUGGGACAUUCAGUGCAGGUGCUGACAUUCGAGGGUUUUCCUCCAUUCAGGCAGGAGACAGGCCCAGUCUGACAUCAGUAAUUGAUCUAAUAGAGAGAAGUGAAAAGCCUGUGGUGGCUGCCAUUGAAGGUAUGGCAUUGGGAGGAGGACUGGAGGUGGCACUGGGCUGUCACUACAGGAUUGCACAUGCGCAGGCCUGGGUAGGUCUUCCAGAGGUCACCCUUGGGCUACUUCCAGGUGCUGGAGGAACCCAGAGACUCCCCAGACUGAUUGGGGUCCCAGCCGCACUUGACCUAAUCACCACAGGGAAACGUGUGCUCGCUGCUGAAGCGCUGAAGCUGGGCAUCAUUGACGAAAUCGUGGAAGAAAACACAAUUGAUGCAGCAAUCCACUUGGCAAACAAAGUGUCAGGUCAGCCAUUAAAUUCUCGCAGACUCAGUCUGAAGCUGGUUCAAAGUCUGCCCAACAUGGAUGCCAUUCUCAGCGAGGCUCUUGUGAAAGUGAAAAAGCAGGCCCGGGGGUGUCUGUCUCCAGCGAUGUGUGUCCAAGCAGUCAAGGCCUCUGUGCAGCUACCCUUCACAGAGGGUAUUUGGAAGGAGAGAGAGCUGUUUAACCUCCUGUUGUCCUCAGGCCAAGCCAAAGCACUGCAGUAUGUGUUCUUCGCACAGAGAGCAGCACAGAAGUGGACAACACUCUCUGGAGCUUCCUGGAAAACUACUUCAGCUCAGCCCAUCCGAAAAGUAGCUGUGAUAGGGCUGGGAACAAUGGGCCAAGGCAUUGUGACUUCUCUGGUGAAGGCCAAGAUGUCUGUAGUAGCUCUAGAGCAGGAUCAGAAGCAGCUGGAGGUAGGAGUAAGAGCUGUGACAUCCCUUCUAGAACAUGAAGCUUCAAAAAUGCAGUGGAUUGGCCAACGCCCAGAUGCCUGUGAUCCCGCCCUUCUCCAGUUCACUCUGGACUUCGGUGUGUUACAGGAUGCAGAUCUAGUUAUUGAGGCUGUGUUUGAGGACAUGGCACUGAAGAAGGAGAUCUUCCAUAAGUUGUCAGCAAUCUGCAAGCCAGGGUCCUUCUUGUGCACUAACACCUCUGCCCUGGAUAUUGAUGAGAUUGCUUCAGCCACCAGUCGCCCUCACCAGGUCAUUGGUACUCACUUCUUCUCACCUGCCCAUGUAAUGAAGCUGUUAGAAAUAAUCCGUGGUCGUCACACAUCGCCCAUCACCAUUGCCACCGCCAUGGGUUUAGCCAAAACUAUAGGCAAAAUAGGGGUUGUAGUAGGGAAUUGCUUUGGAUUUGUUGGGAACAGAAUGAUGACUCCUUAUGCUGAACAGGCAGUUUUUCUGCUAGAAGAAGGAUGUAAACCAGAAGAAGUAGAUCAAGCUCUAGAGGGAUUUGGUUUCAAUAUGGGGCCUUUCCGAAUGUCAGAUCUUGCUGGGCUUGAUGUGGGCUGGAGAUCUCGGAAAGGGCAGGGCCUGACUGGACCCAAACUGGCUCCAGGAACUCCUGCUCGCCUGCGUGGCAGGAGGAGAUACAGCCCACUGCCUGAUCUUCUAUGUGAGAAUGGAAGGUAUGGCCAGAAGACUGGCAUGGGCUGGUACCAAUAUGAGAAACCUGGGGCUAGAAUAGCUAAUCCAGAUCCAUGGCUUCACAAUUUCCUGAUUGGGUAUAGAGAUUCCCAUCAUAUUAAGGCACGCUUCAUAGACGAGGAGGAAAUCCUGGAGCGCUGUCUGUAUACCCUCAUCAAUGAGGGCUUCCAGAUCUUAGAUGAUGGAAUAGCUUCUGCCCCAGAAGAUAUUGAUGUAAUCUACAUCCAUGGCUACGGAUGGCCAAAGCACAGAGGUGGCCCCAUGUUUUACGCUUCUACCAUCGGGUUACCUCGCAUUCUGGCUAAACUGCAAAAAUAUUCUGAGGCCCAUCCUGACAUUCCCAGAGUGCAACCCAGUGCUUUUCUGAAGAAAUUGGUGUUCAUGGGAAACCCUCCAUUGAAGGAGUGGAUGUCCCAUGCAGGACACCAGAGCAGUAAGCUGUGA